UGCUCUGAUGUGGACCAUUACGUGCAAUGCAAACAGUAAUUUGUAAUAUGGAUUUGUCGACAAAAGAUGUAGGCAAAGCCCGACCAACCACAGGAGGGGCAGUGCCGUGACGUUGCGAUCGUUAUUGACAGGGACCUGCCCAGUCGGGCCGGGGCUUCCUGUGUUUGCCGAGCCCGGGAAUGGUGUGCUGCUGCUCCAGCAUGUGGCGGCUCAGAGGCUCGGGGUUUGCCGCGCUGUUCCGACAGCAGAAACAGGCGUCAAACGGAGCGACUUUGUUAUUGAAAUAUUCGAGCACUAAGACAGCCCCCCAGCUUCCAGGAAUGGAGUACCAGGAUGCAAUCUGCACCCUCAACACACUUCAGACCAACGCCAGUGCCCUGGAACAGGUGCGGCGAGAGCGUGGGAACCCUCAAUUUCAACUCGUGGCUAUGCGGAGCUUCUUGGAGCGAGCUGGCCUUGUGGUGGAAGACCUAGACAAUCUCAAUAUCAUUCAUGUGACCGGGACAAAGGGCAAGGGAUCAACAUGUGCUUUCACAGAGCAAAUUCUCAGAAGCUACGGGUUUCGCACAGGAUUUUACAGUUCACCACACUUGGUUGAAGUAAGGGAGAGGAUUCGCAUCAAUGGACAGCCAAUUGGAAAAGAGCUUUUCACAAAGUAUUUCUGGCAGAUUUAUGGAAGACUGGAUGAAACAAAGGAGGCGCACAGCGGCAGCAUGCCCGCUUACUUCAGAUUUCUCACCAUUCUGGCCUUCCAUGUCUUCCUGCAGGAGAAGGUGGAUUUGGCGGUAGUUGAAGUGGGAAUCGGCGGCGCCUAUGAUUGCACCAACAUUAUAAAGAAACCAUGGGUGUGUGGCGUCUCAUCUCUCGGCAUCGACCACACUCAGAUUCUCGGGGACACCAUCGAGAAGAUUGCUUGGCAGAAAGGAGGAAUCUUUAAGCCAGAGGUUCCUGCCUUCACGGUCAAGCAGCCUGAAGGCUCCAUGGCUGUCCUGAAACAGAGAGCCUCAGAGAUAGAGUGUCCCCUGUGGGUCUGUCCAGAGCUGGAGGACUACCAGCCGGACUGUGGACCUCUGCAGCUGGGCCUGGCCGGACAGCAUCAGCGCUCCAACGCCUCCCUGGCCCUGCAGCUGAGUCACACCUGGCUGCAGAGGAGGCGUCUGCAAGACCAGAACUUUCCCUCCACCACUCUGGAGGGUCCAGGGGUCCCUCAGGCCACUCCUUUCACACCAAGCCCCAUCAUGACCAAAGGGCUGGCAGACACGGUGUGGGCGGGUCGCACCCAGACGCUGAAGAACGGCGAGGUCACCUACUUCCUGGACGGAGCUCACACCACGCGCAGCAUGCAGGCCUGCGUGAGCUGGUUCCAGGAGGCAGCGGUGCGCUGCGAGAGGAACGCAAGUGGCCCCGUUGCACGAGUGUUGGUGUUCAACGCCACAGGAGAGAGGGACUCGGCCGCCAUGCUAAAACUACUGGUGUCAUGUGAAUUCGACUUUGCUGUGUUCUGCCCGAAUAUCACCGAAGCCAUCGCGUCGUGCAACGCAGACCAGCAGAACUUCAACGUGUCGGUGGAGAACAUGCUGAGGCGUUGCCUGGACAACGAGAGGAGCUGGCGGCGGCACCACGGCGCCGGGGACUCUCCGCCUGGUCGCCGCGGGCCCCUCCUCAUCCUGGACGCCGGCCUGUCCCCGGCGCCGGGCCGGGAGGCCGAGGCGCUGGUCUUCCCCUGCAUCCUCAGCGCCCUGCAGUGGGCCGCUCAGGGCCGGGACCCCGUCCUCCUGUCCCGAGACGCGGACAAGCGGGAGGCGCCGGUGAAGCCCAGCGUCGCCGCCAAGGCCGCGCUCCUGCGGGAGGUGAGGGAGAUCCACGUCCUGGUGACGGGGAGCCUGCACCUGGUGGGCGGGGCGCUGAAACACCUGGACCCCUCGUCCUGCUCCAAGUAGAUCGGGCCUCGGAGGGCGCGGGCUGGCUGUUUGAACGGCUACAUCUCAACCAUCGCUGAACCUCUUCUUGUUCUUUGUGUAGUAGAGUUGGAGGCUUCCUCCUAGACAAGCUUUAACGGAUUUGGAUGUGGCCUACUGAAAGGGCUGACAUUUUGUAGUGUGUGUGGUAUGACAAAGUGUAAGGGACGGUUCGUGCUGUCACUGCUUUUAAUCAGACUGUCUUGAAGGCCAGUGUUUCUAACCUUAACCGAGCCUGGAGCCUUACUGACGGACGCACAAAGUGACCGGACAGAAUUGUGUGUUUCACGACUUGAAUCCAAACCUGUUUACAUGAACUUGGUAAUUUAUUAACCUCUUAAAGUGUCCCCUGCGAGCUCGGUAGAAAUAUGUACAGUUCAUUAUUGUUGCGCUGCAUUGGCAUACAGCAAUAAACCAUAAAGAAUUGGGUAAUUUGGUGAUCAAAGUACAGUUAAAGCACUAUUGCAAUCUGGAUAUUGGCAAAUUGUCAUAACUAGAUUAUUUGCCCUGAAAUCAGUGCCAAUUUCAGUUUGCGUGUCUUUCCGGUAAGUUCAUCAAAGCCUUUUUACAAUCUUCUGUCCUUUUUGAAAGACUUUUUGCACAGUUUGUACUUUAUUUUUGUAUAUUUGGAGAGAUAAACACUUAGUCUUAAAUGUGUUAAUAUCCUAAAUUUGUGCAUUUCCUGAAAUUUAAAUUAAUUUAAUAACUAUUUGGUCAAAUAUUCAGCCUUCUAGCCUAAUGUUUAUGGACCUGCUUUAUUCAUCCGUGUCUGGCAUUUGUUUCCAAUGUGUUGGAAACGCAUAUCUGUAUUUGUAUUUAUACUCAAAUCACAACAUAGAACCCUGUCUACUGCAAUGUACGUCCUUGUAACCCUAAGCCUGGAAAGUAUGCACUACUAAAUGAAUAUCAUACAAA